ACAACAACGCGUCAUCAAGAGCAGCGACGCGGCCGCUGACGCACAGAUUUAGCGUUAGCAGCUAAUUCCCGUUCAAAUUCACUGUUUAGUUAAUACCGAUAUCUACCGCACGAGUUAAUUUUACUGUUGUUUAAUGAAUUUGAGGAAAUGCGAAGAAUCGGAUCCAGAAACUUGAGGGAAACGAGCUAAACGAGCUAAACGAGCGCUUCAUCUGAAGGUUACAGUCCCUGUGGCCUCAGCAGCAUCAUGGUGGACAUCUCAGUGAAGAGUGGAGCUGCUUGGGUUUGUCGUUCUCAGGGAUGUCACCUGGCUGAUGUCCUGCUUCCUGUGCAUGUCCGUGAUGGCGAGGACGAGCUGGGUCAGUCAGAGGGAGACGAGACAAACCGUCCAGUGCUGUUGGAGCAGACAGAGGAAGGGUCUCCCUGUGUCCUGACAGUCUGCUGCAGCUCCAGCUCCUCUGCUGCCAUCAACCGCCUGCUGGUCAUCAGCGAGGCUCGGACCAUGGAGCUGUACAACCAGACAGGAGAAUACUGUGGGACGGUACGGGGGGAGAGGGAUGAUAGCAUCCAGCAAGACAGAGACGACAGAGGACCUUUCUACAGGAAACAGCUGAUCCUGGAUCUCCCAUCUUCUGCUUGUGAAGUGAAGCUGCUCUCCCUGGCUGGUAGAAACAGUGUCUUGGUUUGUCGAGUCUUCGUGGGUCUUCAGCCGCUGCAGCCCUGCCCAGUCCGUGGCCCCGGCAUUGACAUGGAGCAGGUGCAGUGUCUGGUUGAAGAGAUGGGAACGAGCCUCUCACCAGGAGCCCAGAACCUCAUGGAAAUGGUCCAUUUCCAGCAGAAAAACCAGACCAGCUCUCUGGGAGGUUUCCUGCCUCUCCUGAUGGGUGGUGGAGCUUUGUCUGUCCUGGCUCGAGGAGCAAACACCUCCCCAGCAGCCGUCAGCAACCAAAACCAGUCUGCCGCAUCCACGCCUCCAGUGGGCUCCAUCAGCCCUGCAGGUGAAACUCCACCGUCUGAGAACGGAACGAUGUCCACCGGCUCUACCUCCUCUCCAGACUCCAUACUCUCUGAUAUCAACACUGAGAACUCAGCGAGCGGCGAUAACAGAAACCUGGUGAACCACGCCCAUCUGGCAGAGAUGAUGUCACAGUUCCUGAAAGGUCAACAUGGACAGGCGCUAAACUCGGGCCCUGAGUUUCUGCCCAUGCUCCAGAGCGUCUGCGGUCAGGUGACGCAGCUGAGACUGGAUGAUGCUGCAGCAGAGAAGGAGAGGCAGAUGAGGAAUGGCACAUGGGAGUUGGACCCAGCCAUGGAGCGGCGUCUAGAGGAGAUGGAGAGGAGGCUGAAGGAGCACGUGGACCGUCGCUUGGACGCUCUGGAGCAGAAGUUGGAGAAGGCCCUGCUGAGCGCCCUGCCACUGGCUGCUCUUAACCAGGGAGGAAUGAGCAGCUCAGCAGGAGGAACAGUGUCCACCGGACCUGCGGAGCACAACGCUCCAGCCCCGGCAAUCCACUGAGCUCAGAACUGCUCUAACACUAACUUCACAUGUAACCUGGGGGGGGGGGCUCGCUGACCCUGUUGCUCCUCAGACCAGACCUGAGUGUUAAAGGGGAGGCAGAGCAGGAAGCAUGCAGGCACUAACAGAGAGAGGUUAAAAUGAAAUGAUGGACAACAUUAACUCAGUAACUGUAAUAAUCUGCUGAAAGGUCAAAUCUGAAGUUUCUCAGUAAAUGAAAAAACCAUCACCACCACUAAAGACUCAUGUCUGUGACGGUCUCUCUGUCUUUUAUGUGUAGUUGGACACCUGAAGUGAAUGUCCUCAAUGAGCCAUAGGAUUGUCUCAUCAGCUGGUGAUGUUAUAGUUUCAACUUUAGAAACAGUAGAAUUAGCAGGAAACCUUUGGUUACAACAAGAGCUUUGAACCGCUGCAGUGGUGUUUGAUCUUCUCGUGAGUUUGUUCUAACACAAUAAGGUUUGACUUGAAACACCGACACUCUCCUUCACAGUACAAACUGUAACUGCACUGAUCUGUGUUUUGGUUCGUCACCAUUAAAUUGUUCGGUCCAGUUUGACUUGACACUUGUGGAAAACCUCAUAAUUAAAGAGGGUGUAACUGAUUAAAAUGUUUUUUUAAUAUGACACUGUAAUGUUUUAAGUCAUGUACAUGUCUGUAACUUAAAGCUUACCUGUCAAUGUAAACUUUGAAAUGACCUGUGAUAUGGAGGAUUUUAAUAACUGUACUAAUGUAAAUAAAUACAAAUAUAUU